AUGGCGAUAGCCUACUCGAAUGCGAGGUCCACCUCGUCCUCGCAAGAGCCACGCAUCGCACCCGGCGCCCCAGACUCUUCAUACAAUGGCGCGACCGUCUUGCAGCUCCCACCGAAUGCACGACGCUACCUCCCUUCCUGGCUCCACUACCUCCUCUCUCGCAUACUGGCGGCUGCCAGCCGCUUAUCCUUCUCCACCUCGAUCCGUGAAAACCUCGACCGAUUGCGCGCAUGGUCGCCCAGCAAAGGCGAACGCUUCAAGUACGGCUUCUUGCUCUUCGUCGCGCUCUUCUGCCUGUAUAUCAUGGAGACGCCCGCAUUUCCGUACAAGCUCACCAUUCCGGCGCUCUACACUGCGACGCUAUUGUUUCCUGUGACCUCGCAAUUCUUCUUGCCAGCAGCACCCAUCUUUGCUUGGCUCAUCUUGUUCUACUCGUGCAAGUUCAUCCCAGCCUCUCUGCGGCCACACAUCUGGGUCUCGGUGCUUCCGACGCUCGAGACGAUCUGGUAUGGUGCCAACAUUUCGGAUAUUCUGACGCAAUUCGGUCACCCGAUACUCGACAUCUUGGCCUGGGUACCGUACGGUGUGAUUCAUUUCGCAGCGCCCUUCUUUGUGGCCGCCUUUCUGUUUGUGUUUGCUCCACCGUCAAGCGUCAAGGUGUUUGCGCAGGCGUUUGGCUUCAUGAUGCUGAUCGGGGUGAUGAUCCAGAUCGUGUUUCCGUGCGCUCCUCCGUGGUACGAGCUGCGUGAAGGCUUGACGCCCGCCCACUAUGGUAUGCGAGGCUCUCCAGCUGGGCUCGCUAGGAUCGACGCGCUCUUCCAUUCUCACGGCUAUACGCUCACGUUUACGGGAGCACCAGUGGUGUUCGGUGCGUUUCCAUCGCUACAUGCCGGCAACGCGACACUCAAGGCGCUGUUCUGCAGCUACUUCUUCCCCGUCGUUCUGCAGAUCGGCCGUUUGAGACUCGAUGCCAGGGUCCUCUACUGGACGUAUUGUUUCUGGCUCUACUGGUGUACAAUGUACUUGAUGCACCACUACCUCAUCGAUCUCGUCGCUGGCGCUUGUUUGGCCACGUUUAGCUUUUACUAUUUUCUCACCGACGAACUUCGCGAGGCCAUGGAGCAGCAUUAUCCCUACCGUAAUUCGGCAGCUGCUCCACCCAGUGCGGCUCCACCUAGCAACCGACCCGAUCUGGCUUUCGCUUCCACAGCCACGGCCAGUCAAUCCAUUGCGCUCGAUACGCUGCGCAGCAACGGCGGUGCUCCUUAUAUCACCGCUCAGGGUGGCGUGAACGGCGAUGUGGAAUCGCAAAAAAUGACGCCCGAGGUCAUCUUUUCCAUCGACGAUUCAGCUGCGGAUUCGGGCGAUAUCGCGGGAUCGUCGGCGGACGACGACAAAAGGAGGAAGGACGCCGCGGCUCUGUUGGCAAGAACCAAGUCGCCCGUUCAGAGGGUCAGGUCGCCUGCGGUUGCCAGGAACGAUGAAAACGCAUGA